UAAGCUGCUCCGUCGGGGCAGCCAAUAGGAAAGCGGAACCGUCGCGUGCUUCUUUGCAUAGGAGCGGCAUAAAUACAAGGGCCGGGAGAGGCUGAAUACCUUAUCCCCAAUCGGAGAAGGUUUUGUGGGUUGCACCUUGAUCGUUGCAGAGCACGAUGCCUGAGCCAGCCAAAUCCGCGCCGGUGCCCAAGAAGGGCUCCAAGAAGGCCAUCACCAAGACGCAGAAGAAAGGCGACAAGAAGCGCAAGAAGAGCCGCAAGGAGAGCUACUCCAUCUAUGUCUACAAGGUCCUCAAGCAGGUCCACCCGGACACCGGCAUCUCCUCCAAGGCCAUGAGCAUCAUGAACUCCUUCGUCAACGACAUUUUCGAGCGCAUCGCCGCCGAGGCCUCCCGCCUCGCCCAUUACAACAAGCGCUCCACCAUCACCUCCCGGGAGAUCCAGACCGCCGUCAGGCUCCUCCUGCCCGGAGAGCUGGCCAAGCACGCCGUCUCCGAGGGCACCAAGGCCGUCACCAAGUACCCCAGCUCCAAGUAGACCCACCACCCUUACAAACAGACCCAAAGGCUCUUUUAAGAGCCACCCACUUGCUCAAGGAAAGAGAAGAAAUCCCUUGCAAAA